CCCCCUCCGGGCUUUCGCCCGCCCUCUCUCCCUCCCUUUCUUUGCUCGCUCUGGCCCUGCCCCUGCCCCCUCCUCUCAGCCCCUCCGCGCCCGGGGUGUCAUUGGGCCCGGGAGACGCUAGCCAACUUCAGGCUGUUCAGAGGAAGCCCGUGCAGUCACCUGGGUGCAAGAGCGUUGCUGCCUCGGGCUCUCCCGCUGCAGGGAGAGCGGCACUUGCUGGCCUGGAUGUGGUUGGAUUUAGGGGGGCUCCGCAGCAGGGGUGUCGUGGCGGUGGCAAGUGCUGCAACAGGUAGACGGCGAGAGACGGACCCCGGCCGAGGCAGUUAUGGAGACCAAAGGCUACCACAAUCUCCCUGAAGGUCUAGAUAUGGAAAGACGGUGGGGUCAAGUUUCUCAGACCAUGGAGCAUUCUUCUCUGGGGCCUACAGAGAAGACCAAUGAGAAUAACUACAUGGAGAUUGUCAAUGUAAGCUGUGUUUCCGGUGCUAUUCCAAACAACAGUAUGCAAGGGAGCAGCAAAGAAAAACACGAACUACUCCCUUGCCUUCAGCAAGACAGUAAUCGGUCUGGGAUUUUAACAUCUGACAUUAAAACUGAGCUGGAAUCUAAGGAACUUUCAGCAACUGUAGCUGAGUCCAUGGGUUUGUACAUGGAUUCCGUAAGAGAUGCUGACUACCCCUACGAUCCGCAGAACCAACAAGGAAGCAUGAGUCCAGCUAAGAUUUAUCAAAACGUCGAACAGCUGGUGAAAUUCUACAAAGAGAACGGUCAUCGUCCUUCCAGUCUGAGUAGUGUGAACAGGCCCUUGAGAUCAUUCAUGUCUGACUCUGGGAGCUCCGUGAAUGGUGGGGUGAUGCGCGCCUUGGUUAAAAGCCCUAUCAUGUGUCAUGAGAAAAGCCCGUCUGUUUGCAGCCCUCUGAACAUGACAUCUUCGGUCUGCAGCCCUGCUGGCAUCAACUCCGUGUCCUCCACCACAGCCAGCUUUGGCAGUUUUCCAGCGCACAGCCCUGUCACCCAGGGGACUCCUCUGACAUGUUCCCCUAAUGUUGAAAAUCGAGGCUCCAGGUCACACAGCCCCGCACACGCUAGCAACGUCGGCUCUCCGCUCUCAAGUCCAUUAAGUAGCAUGAAAUCCCCCAUUUCCAGCCCUCCGAGUCACUGCAGCGUAAAAUCUCCAGUCUCCAGUCCUAAUAACGUCACUCUGAGAUCCUCCGUGUCUAGCCCUGCAAACAUCAACAACUCAAGGUGCUCUGUUUCCAGCCCAUCCAACACCAACAACAGAUCCACGCUUUCCAGCCCGGCAGCCAGUACUGUGGGAUCUAUCUGUAGCCCUGUAAACAAUGCCUUCAGCUAUGCUGCUUCUGGCACCUCUGCUGGAUCCAGCGUGAGCCGGGAUGUGGUUCCCAGUCCGGACACACACGAGAAAGGUGCUCAGGAGGUCCCCUUUCCUAAGACUGAGGAAGUAGAGAGUGCCAUCUCAAAUGGUGUGACUGGCCAACUUGACAUUGUCCAGUACAUAAAACCAGAACCAGACGGAGCUUUUAGCAGCUCAUGUCUAGGAGGAAAUAGCAAAAUACACUCUGAUUCCCCUUUCUCAGUCCCAAUAAAACAAGAGUCAACCAAGCAUUCAUGUUCAGGCGCCUCGUUUAAAGGGAAUCCAACAGUGAACCCGUUUCCAUUUAUGGAUGGCUCAUAUUUUUCCUUUAUGGAUGAUAAAGAUUAUUAUUCUCUAUCAGGAAUUUUAGGACCACCUGUGCCCGGCUUUGAUGGUAACUGUGAAGGCAGUGGAUUCCCAAUGGGGAUUAAACAGGAACCGGAUGAUGGGAGCUAUUACCCCGAGGCCAGCAUCCCUUCCUCUGCCAUUGUUGGUGUGAAUUCAGGUGGGCAGUCCUUUCACUACAGGAUUGGUGCUCAAGGUACAAUAUCUCUGUCACGAUCAGCUAGAGACCAAUCUUUCCAACACCUGAGUUCCUUUCCUCCUGUCAAUACUUUAGUGGAGUCCUGGAAAUCACACGGUGAUCUGUCAUCUAGAAGAAGUGAUGGAUAUCCGGUCUUAGAAUACAUUCCAGAAAGCGUAUCAAGCUCUACUUUGCGAAGUGUCUCUACUGGAUCCUCAAGACCUUCCAAAAUAUGUUUGGUGUGUGGGGAUGAGGCUUCGGGAUGUCACUAUGGGGUAGUAACCUGUGGCAGCUGCAAAGUUUUCUUCAAAAGAGCAGUGGAAGGGCAACAUAACUAUUUAUGUGCUGGAAGAAAUGAUUGCAUUAUUGAUAAGAUUCGAAGAAAGAAUUGUCCUGCCUGCAGACUUCAGAAGUGUCUUCAAGCUGGAAUGAAUUUGGGAGCUCGAAAGUCAAAGAAGUUGGGAAAAUUAAAAGGGAUUCACGAGGAACAGCCACAGCAGCAGCCCCCACCGCCACCCCCACCUCCCCAGAGCCCCGAGGAGGGGACGACAUACAUCGCUCCCGCAAAAGAGCCCUCGGUCAACACCGCGCUGGUCCCUCAGCUCUCCACGAUUUCCCGAGCACUCACGCCUUCCCCCGCUAUGGUCCUUGAAAACAUUGAACCUGAAAUUGUGUACGCAGGCUAUGACAGCUCAAAACCAGAUACUGCUGAAAAUCUGCUCUCCACUCUCAACCGCCUAGCCGGCAAACAGAUGAUUCAAGUCGUGAAGUGGGCAAAGGUACUUCCAGGAUUUAAAAACUUGCCUCUUGAGGACCAAAUUACCCUAAUCCAGUAUUCGUGGAUGUGUCUGUCAUCAUUUGCCUUGAGCUGGAGAUCGUACAAACAUACGAACAGCCAAUUUCUCUAUUUUGCACCAGACCUAGUCUUUAAUGAAGAGAAGAUGCAUCAGUCUGCCAUGUACGAACUGUGCCAGGGGAUGCACCAAAUCAGCCUUCAGUUCGUCCGACUGCAGCUUACCUUUGAAGAGUACACCAUAAUGAAAGUCUUGCUGCUACUGAGCACAAUUCCAAAGGAUGGACUCAAAAGCCAGGCUGCAUUUGAAGAAAUGAGGACAAAUUACAUCAAAGAGCUGAGGAAGAUGGUAACUAAGUGUCCCAACAAUUCUGGGCAGAGCUGGCAGAGGUUCUACCAACUGACCAAGCUUCUGGACUCCAUGCAUGACCUGGUGAGUGACUUGUUGGAAUUCUGCUUCUACACCUUCCGAGAGUCCCAGGCCCUGAAGGUGGAGUUCCCCGCCAUGCUGGUGGAGAUCAUCAGCGACCAGCUGCCCAAGGUGGAGUCCGGGAAUGCCAAGCCGCUUUACUUCCACAGGAAAUGACGGGAGCCGUCCUGCCAGGAGAACUUUGCCUUAAGUUUCCCCGUGUUAUUCCACACCCACGAAGGACCCAAGGAAUCCUAUUUUUCACAUGUGGUGGUUGAUUCACACUUGUUCAGCAGCUGGUCAAGUUUAAAAUCAUGUCGGGGGUUUGGAGCCGGGAAAGCUGUUUGACCUGGAUUUCACCAGACCUGAGCAGUCUCUAAAGGACUCGUCCCUCUCCAGUCCCCAGCGCUUAGAAACACGUUCCUGUUCCUCUGGAUGAAAAGCCAUAUCUAGUCAAUAACUCUCUGAUUUUGAUAUUUUAACAGAUGGAAGUUUUAACCAUGCCAUGUAGUUUCUGGUAUCGUUCGCUUGUUUUAAAAGGGUUCAAGGACUAACGAACUUUUUAAAGCUUACCCUUGGUUUGCACAUAAAACGUAUAGUCAAUAUGGGGCAUUAAUAUUCUUUUGUUAUUUAAAAAACACAAAAAAAAAGAAAGAAAAAAUAUAUACAGAUUCCUGUUGUGUAAUAACAGAACCCGUGGCGUGGAACAGCGGCCCCCUGCUGCCCACGUCCUUCUGCAUCGCUGGUAUACACGCUUGUUAGCGUCCAUUUAUUAUUUAAUUAGGGUGGAUAAGAUGUUAAAACAAAAUGCCUUGGUUUCAAUUUCUAGUAUCUAUUGUGUUGGCUUUACAAAUAAUUUUUUGCAGUCUUUUGCUGUGCUGUACAUUACUGUAUGUAUAAAUUGUGAAGGACCCGAAAUAAGGUAUAAGGAACUUUUGUAAAUGAGACACAUACAAAAAAAAAAAAAAAUCUUUAAUGGUUAAUAGGAUGAAUGGGAAAGUAUUUUUGAAAGAAUUCUAUUUUGCUGGAGACUAUUUAAGUACUAUCUUUGUCUAAACACACAAGGUAAAAAAACCUUUUUUUUUUUUGUAAAGUGAAAUGUUCUGCAUGCGUAAUGAACCGUUUACAGUGUAUUUAAGAAAGGGAAAGCUGUGCCUUUUUUAGCUUCAUAUCUAAUUUACCAUUUUACAGUCUCUGUUGUAAAUAACCACACUUUAAACCUCUUCGGUUGUCUUUAAGCCUUUCUACUUUUUCUGUAUUUUCUGUUUUGUUCUUGGUCUCCUGCCUGGGGUGUUUAUAGGACUCAAGCACGUUUUCUGGCUUCCGUCUGGUUCCCCACGCCAUCGGGAAACGGCAAGCUGUGGUGUCUGCAGCUCCUGGAAGGGGCCUUUGAUGCCACACAUGAGAGAGAAGGUCCUGGGAGUGCGAGAGCUUUAGCAAAGCUUCCUCGCUCCCCUUUCCCUCUGGAGGCAGAAUCAGCUCCAGGAGAGCACAUUUCAGAAAAUCCCAUGUCCUCCUGUGGCAAAAAUAAAAUUCCACACAUGCUUGUCAAAGAUCAGCUAUUCCCUUCUGGUCUUGGAAAGGGGUUCUGCCCUCCUGGAACCGGUCACGGGAACACACACUAUCACGGCAGGGUGAUCCACUCGGCAAGGUUCAGUCUGAACGGCGUGGAGACCAGGAGGUAAUUAGAGGGGUUUUAGAUUUUUAAAAGGUAGGUUUUAAACAUAAAUUUUAUACAUAAACGGUUUUGGAGAUUAAAAAAAAAAACACUACAGAUCACAUAAGCAAGACAGUGGCACUAAAAUUUUUAAUUCAUUAAUCUGUUUGGCACUGAUACAAUUUAUGGCUUUUUCCUUACCCCAAAUCACAAACAUAUAUAUACGUGUAUAUAUAUAUUUUUUUUUCUUUGGGGAAACUAACAAUAUGAUUGCACUAAAUACUUUGAAUAGAAGCCAAAUUAAUCUUUUAAAAGUAAUGCUAAUCAUCAGCUCAGUGAAAUCAUUUUCCCAAACCUAAAAAAAACCACCGCUGGAGAAGCCCAGGGCCAGGAGAAAGCAGCCAUCAGAUCAACACUUUUCUCCAGGGUUCACCAUGCAGGCAACAUUACCUUGUCUUUCAGAAGACACCUGCCUUCUGCAAGGGGAAACCUGUGAAAGCUGCACUCAGAGGGAGGAGUUGUUCUUACAUAAUUUGCAAUUUCAGGAAUUUAAUUUUUAGGCAGAUCUUUAAAUACCGUCAACUUACAUGCACAGCAAUAUGAAAGCCACACUUUGAAGGUGAUAAAUACACAGCAUGCAGACUGGGGGUUUCUGGAAAAGAAAUGGCUUACAAAAGCAGCCUUUAGUUCCGACUUACCUUUUUAUAAAAUUUGGAGUUUUGACGUAACCAGAGUUGGGAUGGAGACGGUCUGCAUCAGCUUUUUGUAUUAACAAAGUUACUGGCUCUCUGUGUGUCUCCAGGUAACUUUGCUUGAUUAAACAGCAAAGCCAUAUUCUGAAUUCACUGUUGAAUGCCUGUCCCAGUCCAAAUUGUCUGUCUGCUCUUAUUUUUGUACCAUAUCGCUCUUAAAAAAUCUUGGUUUGGUACAAUUCAUAAUUCACCAAAACUUCAUAUAAUUAAAAAAAAAACACUAAAUUAGUUCGAAAUGAAGCAAUUUAUAUCUUUAUGCAAAAACAUAUGUCUGUCUUUGCAAAGGACUGUAAGCAAAUUACAAUAAAUCCUUUACUUUAAUCA